AUGUCCGAGCUUAUUGAUAGCCACCAGAUCAAGGACGAUAUAAAGAAAGCUUAUGAUGACAUUGCCGACGUCUACCUGGAAUGGACACAACCUUCUCAUGAAGUACGUCUUUCCUAUCUCGAGACCGUGCUUCGAUCCCUUGAUUCCGCAAAGGAGAGGGGAAAAUCGAACGUCCUUGAGCUAGGUUGCGGCGCCGGAGUACCGUGUACUCAGCUUUUGGCAUCCCGUGAAUAUAUCAGCGUCACCGCGAAUGACAUAUCCGAGACUCAAAUUGCUAUGGCAAAAGAGCGACUGCCUGAGUCCGUGAUCCUAAUUCAAGGAGACAUGAUGGAAUUAGACUUCAGCCAGGAACAUUUCGAUGCUGUGACGGCUAUGUAUUCCAUUUUUCAUCUGCCGCGCAACGAACAAACUAUGAUUCUUCGUCGCAUUUUUGAUUGGCUGAAACCCGGAGGACAGCUUCUCGCGAAUUUCCCUGAGACUGGAUUUGCGAGCUCUUCUGAUCAAUCUUGGCUAGGUGGCACAAAGGGGGCAAUGCACUGGAGCGGUUGGGGUAGAGAAGAGAUGGGUAGACUUCUCACAGAAAUUGGCUUUAAGAUGGAGAUUGAUGAGGUUGUCGUGGAUUCUGAAGAAACUAACGGAAUUCCACGCAACGUCGCGUUUCAUUGGAUCUUAGCCAAGAAAUGA